CCAUUGAAUUAUUAAAAUGAGAACAUAGUUUUAAAGCAAAUCGAAUAUUCAAUGCCAAAAGCUCAAAUCUUGGGCAGAUUUGGUAGGGCCACGCGCUUCACCCAAAAUCAUAAAUCUCCGACCAUAAUAAUAAAUCAUGACUCCUUGUUGUUGAAGGAUUCGAUCAUUAAAACUCAUUCAUUCAUUGAAUUGACUGUAAAAAAUGCGAUUUCUUGAAUGUGAAAGGAUUACAAUCAAGAUCAGGGAUCCGGUUUUGUGGUAGUCAAGAUCAUCCAGCUGCAGCGGUUUCAAAUUACACGGAGUUUUUCUUCUACAUAAGCGCUAGAUUGGGUGGUUGCUCUUCCCUGCACAUAAAUCGGCUUUUGAUCUUCUCUCACGCGGCAAAUUCUGUUAAUUUGGAGAUUUUGAAUAUCGGAUUUCACAGAUUUCUCAAUUGGGUAUUCAAAAUUUCAUCGAAUUUCGUCCUAUUUCAGUCCGAUUUGCUCCAUCAUCAAUUGGAAUUAAGUCCCAAAUUGGGAAGAAGAAGAAAUAGAAAUCUGCUGGUCCAGGACAGUUGAUUGAAACGUUCAGAUUUCCAGCAGGGUUGUGAAAUUUCAGUUGGAUUCGGUUAUGAGUGGUCGAGAUUUGAUGAAUUUGGAAUGAAUAUAUAUUAGGGUUUCUUAAGCGGGAUCUUUGCUAUAAGAAUCGAUAUUGUUUGGUUCAGACUGGAAUUGAAAGGAGUUCAUUCAAGUGUGCUGCCGAUUUUUGAAGAAAGAAGAAAUGGGGCACAAUCAAAAUGAGGCCACCAUAUGUGAAUUUCAUGUCCUUGCUGUUGAUGACAGUGCUCUGGAUAGAAAAAUCAUUGAACGGCUAUUGAGAAGCUCUUCUUAUCAAGUGACAAGUGUUGACAGUGUGAGAAAAGCUCUGGAGUUCCUUGGUUUAGAAGAUGACCAGCAAGGCAUAAAUGGUGAUAAGAUGAAGGUGAAUAUGAUAGUAACAGAUUACAGUAUGCCAGAACUCACAGGCUAUGACUUGCUUAGGAGAGUUAAGGAGUCUUCAAGACAUAAGGAUAUUCCUGUGGUGAUUGUAUCUUCAGAAAAUGUGGAGUCACGAAUCAGCAGGUAUUUGUCAGGAGGUGCAGAAAAAUUCAUAUUAAAGCCUGUGAAGUUAUCAGAUGUUCAGACCCUGAGAUCUCACAUGCUCCAUUGUAGUUCAUCUUGUAGAAAGCAAGAAAGGCUCCCUUCAAAUAAAAGGAAAAACAUGUUUGGAAGCAUUUCUCCACAACCAGAGAAGAAACCCAGAUUCAGUGAACAAGAUAUCCCCUAGAUACAAUUUCAUCACCCAAAGGCCAAGACCAAAUUAUUUAAAUAUUUUUAUUUUGUGAGAGUGUUAAUCAUGUGGCAGUCUUCUGAAACUCAAUUCAGAGUCAUUUUCUCAUGAUAAAUCAUUUCUGUAGGACCUUUUAGUUCAUACACAUUAUUUGUGAAUAAUCAUGAGUACUAAUUUAUUUCAAGGUCCUCUAAAUUUUGUUUAACCUAACUGAGUCUGAAUCCCAAUGCAUGGGAAAUGUGAUCUUUCAAGAAGAGAGAUUCUAUUUGCUGAAGAGAAGCAUACUGAUCUGGAAUGUAAAAGCCGGACAACUUAUGAACUCUUUUAACAUCUUCUAAA